GCAGGGGGCGCUCGCUCAGCUCCACCAAGUUUAGUAGACGUUUUUCCUUCCGCCAGUUCGUUCGCUUUUACUAACUCUUCGAGGGCAACCGAGUAGCGACAUCAUUUUCCAAAAGCAUAUUCUACGACAGACUGUGGCCUACAUCAUUAUUGGUGGUGAAGAUGUUUAGAAACAAACACGUAAACUCCUCCGCGUUUCUGGUGUUUCGGUUAUGACGUAUCGGUGUCUGCUGUGUCGUGGAAUUGGUGGCUGGUGAGAGAGAAAGAUAGGGAGCGCAAAAACACAAAACAUUGUGACGCGUCGCUUUUUUGAGUUGUGCUAGCGAACAUAAAGGAAAAACGUUUUCUGAAGCAGAGAGCUUUUCUGUUUUUCAAAAAGUGCACUUCAACGAACAGAAUUUGCCGAUUCGGUGCAGUUUUCCUGCUUCGUUUGGUUGAUUUUGUGCAAAAAUCUAUAGGGGUGUUUUUGUUGAUGAUGUGGAACCAGGGAAUGUCUACCGAAGCGUAUGGAUCGGUUGUUCUCGGAAUAAAAAAGUGAACGCAAAUGAAAACGUGUAGUGCCGUGUUCAAGUUCAAGUUCAACGAUGUGCUGUAAGGAUAUAUUUUUAGAUAAACUACCUACUGAAUAUCGAAGUGCUGCUGUCAGUGCCAUGAACCAAUUAGUGAGUCGCUUUGCCCCGAGAGGCCAUAAAUCAGUGUGACACGAAAGAUCACGGAAAACUCCCCUUUCGGUUAGUUACAUGUACCAGUAUCAUAUAGAUGUUUGUAAGCUGAUCCCAAUAAUAUAAGUCGUGUCUUCACCCUCGAAGUAAAAGCCCUCCCUAGAUGUGACAGUUCAUCGAACAUUUCCUGCAAAAAGCUAGCUGAAUGGAAGCGCCAAGCUGCUAAUGGCAAUAAGAAGCACUCUCAGCAGCAGCAGCGAAUGUGAAUGGAAAAGCUCAAACAGGAUCUCAACAUUUUCAUCCUAGACGACACCAAUGUGCAAGCUGAUGGCCUCCAGUACCAUCAAUUUCCCCAGGAGCCCUCAUCUCCGGUUCGGAUUUCGCUCACGCCCCCGCCUCUUGCGCCAUCGACAUCGGCGAUAAUGCUCAAUCGAAUUGUUCCGAUCGGGUGCAGUUUGGAUGACGAUGGCAGCAGCAUCAAUAAUGAUAAUGAUGCUGCCUGUCGUCGAAUGAAAAUCAUUGACACAGUGGCGGCGGGGGUGCUUGUUAAUGGAUCGUCCUCGGUAGCUGCCAUUCGGUUGACUCAACAUCAGCUGCCUCCCCAUCAGCAUCAACAUUUUCUCGAAUCUGGAACGGCUAGGGCUGCUGCCGACUUAAUCGAUAUCAUUGGCAGCAAUAACGUGGAUGCACUGAUUAGUGAUGAAGAGUUUGGCUUCACCGGGAACGAUAUUCCAGAUGACCCGCACUUCAGCGACCUAGUGUACUCGGCGGAAAUUGCCAUCGAUGCCGGCAUUUACCCGGAACGGAUCUACCAGGGGAGCAGUGGGUCCUACUUUGUCAAGAACCCCGCCAAUAAAGUCGUAGCGGUAUUCAAGCCAAAGGACGAGGAACCGUACGGGAGACUGAACCCCAAAUGGACGAAAUGGAUGCACAAGCUGUGCUGUCCCUGCUGCUUUGGACGAGCGUGUCUCAUUCCUAAUCAAGGAUACCUUUCCGAGGCUGGAGCCAGUUUGGUGGAUCAGAAGCUUAACCUAAACAUCGUACCAAAAACGCGGGUCGUUCGGCUGGUUUCGGAAACCUUCAACUAUCCCCGAAUCGAUCGGCAGAAGGCCCGCAUCAAGCGAACUAUCAAGGAACGGAUACCGGCCGCUCGGUUCAACCGCAUGAGUUUACCUCCCAAAACCGGAUCCUUCCAGCUGUUCGUGGAUGGCUUUAAAGAUGCCGACUAUUGGUUGCGACGUUUCGAGCAAGAGCCACUUCCGACCAGGCUGGCGCAAAAGUUCCAGCUGCAGUUUGAACGUCUAGUCGUGCUGGAUUACAUCAUCCGAAAUACGGACCGUGGCAACGACAACUGGCUGAUCAAGUACGAUCAACCAACGAUAAUUCCGACCAGCAAUGGGAACACACCGAACGGAAUUCCCCGGAGCAGCAGCCGGUUAGAGAUGCACGAGAAUACCGACUGGAACCUGGUCCAGCUGCCGGAGAUAAGGAUAGCCGCCAUCGACAACGGAUUGGCUUUCCCCUUUAAACAUCCGGACUCGUGGCGUGCUUAUCCCUAUCACUGGGCUUGGUUGCCUCAGGCAAAGAUUCCAUUCAGUCAGGACAUCAAGGAUCUUAUACUGCCGCUGCUGUCUGAUCUAAACUUCGUCGAGGAACUGUGCAACGAGCUGUUCGAGCUGUUCCGCCAGGAUAAGGGUUUCGAUCGGGGCCUGUUCGAGCGGCAAAUGUCUGUGAUGCGCGGUCAGAUCCUGAACCUGACCCAGGCCCUCAAGGAUGGCAAGAGCCCUGUUCAGUUGGUUCAGAUGCCGGCCGUGAUUGUUGAACGAUCAAAAGUGAACCCUGGGUCGGCACGAUUUUUCUCAUUCCAACAGCGCUUCCAAAAUAAAAGUCCAUUCUUUUCAUGGUGUUAGAAUGGGUUGACACUCGUUGUCCUUUGAUUGCGACUGUUGACGAUCCUUGUAAGCUGACCGACACACAUUUGGAGAAUGCGACAUCGGACAUGGGACUAAGACGAAAAAAACUAAAACUCCGAAACAAUUACCUAACUAUUCAUUAAUGAAACAGUGUAAUGCACCUAAUAAUUGAACCGGGUAAGAUGAUGAAACGUUCUGGGAACAUAACUUUCUUUUUUUAAAACAGUUUAGUGCACGAUGAAAACAGAAGAAAAACGAACAGUUUACAUGUAUUAUCAAUAAAAAAAAUAAUAAAAAAAAGGAUCGUGAAAAAUAGAUAUUGAACGUGUAUAGAAGAACAACCUAUUGAUAUAGAAUUCUCUCUUCAAAAGUUAUGAUCUUUCGUUUUCUUUCUGAUUGUGAUGCGUUUAUUUGUAAAUAUCGGAACCAUUCUUCCAAUUCAAACCUUUUGUUUUGUUUAUAUUCGACCAUAAAAUAAAAA